AUGGCCAAUCUUGACCACUGGAGUACAGUCCUGGUGGUGGUUCCUAUCGUGGGCAUUUCUGUAGCUACCCUGUUCUUCUUCCUACGCCUGGUUAGUCGGCGACUUUCGCAGCAGAGGUUAGAUAUUGGUGACCUUUUCAUGGGUCUUGGGCUGUUGUUCUGCUACGCCGUGAGCCUAAGUACUAUCAUCGCUGCAUUCAGUGGUAAAGGACAAGAUGUAUGGAGCUUGGAUGAGAGGUCCAGCACAAGUAGCCGGAGGACGUUGCUAUUCUGGCUGACGCAGACAUUCUGGCCGGUGUCCCAGACGUUUGUUAAGUUAUCCAUAAUCAUGCUCCUUCGCCAACUUGUCGGUCGAGUGCCUCGGUGGCCGGCCUUGCUUGCUAUCCUUAUCGUCUUCAGCAUUAGCUGGGGCAUUACUGCAUUCUUUGGCAAUAUUUUCCAAUGCUCCCCACCAGAGUACUUCUGGCGUGCACCUUAUAUCAGAGGCUCAUGUAUGCGCGGGCAGAUGACCUUCUAUAUGGUCAUCGGCACAUUGUCACUCUUUGAAGAUGUAGUGCUCCUGCUUCUGCCGAUUUCUAUUGUAUGGAGGCUGCGGAUGGGCAUCCAGCAAAAGCUGCAGGUCACCGGUCUGUUCUGCCUUGGGGGCUUAGUCUGUAUAUUUAGCCUCCUUCGUGUGAUUGCGUUUCACAACUAUCUUACAAAGACCGCUUCUUCCAGCGGCUCCAAAGAAGCUCUAUGGACAGUCCUUGAGCUCGACGUUGCUAUAAUAUGCUCUUCUCUCGUGCUGAUGCGACCCUUGCUGGCUCGACCAUGCUUGAAUUGGAUACACUGUGGCAGGAAUUCAUCCUGUACAGAGGUCAAAUAA